CAAACAAAGAGUUUCUUCCAUUAAAAAAAGAAAAAAGAAAAAAAAAGGAAAAAGGAAAAAGGGAACUGAAUUCUUUGACGGAGAGAAGGGUUAGGCGUUAUGGACGGCAAUACUACGGAGGCUGAGCGGUGGUUGACAAUUGCGGAGAAGCUGUUGGCGGCGCGUGAUUUGCACGGGACCAGGACCUUCGCGAUCCGAGCUCGUGAAUCGGCCCCUAUCCUCGCCGACCAAAUCCUAGCCGUGACGGACACUCUCAUAACGGCUCAAUCUAACCCUCAAGACUGGUACGGGAUCCUCCAACUCGUGCCGUUAACUCAGUCCAUGGAAGUUGUGGCGAGUCAGUAUAGGAAACUCGCCCUUCUUUUGAAUCCUGGGAGGAACAGGCUCUCUUUCGCAGAUCAGGCGUUUCGAUUUGUUUCCGAAGCUUGGAAUGUGUUAUCGAACCCUUCUAAGAAGGCCGUUUACGAUAACGAGUUGAGGCUCCUUCAAUUUGGUCAGGUGAGUCAACUCGGUCAGCAACAACAACAACAACCACAGAUGCAGCAACAGCAGCUGCAACCGCAAACGCAGCCGCUUUUCAUGCAACCGCAGCCGCCGCCCCCGCCGAAAGAAACGCAAACGCUGUUCAUGCAAUCGCCGCCACAGAAAGAAACGCAGGCGCAAGUUACGCAACCGUUAUUCAUGAGAAGGAGCCCUAGAAAUACUGAUAAAGAUGGGAAUGCCGCUUUAGAAGGAGAGGAGCAGUUGGGAUUAAAGAAUAAAUCGCCGGAGCAAAAUCGGCCGGCUGAGCCAACAUGGAGGAAGCAGAUGAGUCAGAUCGGUUUAGCUGGGUCGAGUCAGGUGAAUCGGACAGGAUCGGUUGGUUCGAGUCAGAUUAGUCAGGCGAGUGAGGUUAAUCGGCCUGAGCCGAUUCGGAUGAGCCAGAUUAAUCAAACAGGAACCGAUAGCUCGAGUCAGUUUAAUCGGGAUGAGCCAACUCGGACGGGUCAAAUUAACCAAACAACAACUCCUCCUCAUAGGGGGAAUAGUCAGACAGAGCCAACUAGUGUGACUCGGCCUAGUGAAGCCACUGAGUCAGAGGAGCUGACUUUCUGGACAGCUUGUCCGUACUGUUACAUUCUCUAUGAAUACCCGAAGUUGUACGAGGAUUGCACACUGAGGUGUCAGGCUAAGAACUGCAGGAGAGCUUUUCAUGCGGUUGUGAUACCGUCGCCACCCGUGAAUGGAAAGGAUUCGAGUUUCAGCUGCUGGGGGUUUUUCCCAUUAGGAUUUUCGAGGGGCGAUCAAUUUCCCAGUUGGUCACCCAUUUCGACCAUGUAUGCUUGCCCUAAUAAUAAGAAUACUGGGAAAAAUAGUACUGCCAAAAAGCCUGCUCCAAGGGUGUAUUAUGAUGAUGAUGACGCAUAUGUAGAUAUUUCUGACUCGAUUGGGACUUCAGAGGAUGACGACGACGACGAUGAUGAUUGGCAGAAUGAGAAGAGGAAGAAGGCGAAAAAUGUCAAAGGGAAAGGAUCUGUGGGGAAAACUGCUAAGAAACCACAGAGUGAGAGAGUGAAGAAGGCGGGUAAUGAGGCAGCUAAUGUUGAUGGUAGUGGGAAUUUGAGUGGUGCGUCCACUGUGCCAGAAGGUGUGGUGACUGCUGAAUCGAGUAGAAGAGGAGUUGUUAAUAGUGGGAGGAAGCAGAUGGCGAGGGGCACAAAGAAUUUGGGGAAGUUGGAUUUGAAUGUGGAGUUUAGUAAUGAAGUUGAAGAGCCGGCACCGAGGAGGAAUGAGGGGAAUCACCCCGGCUAUGGGGAGGAGGAUAACAUUGAAGGGAAUGGGUUCUUUGAGGGUCUUGAUGAGUUUUUGAGUAGCUUGCCUAUACUUUCAGCUGUUGGGGAUGAUAAAGUUAAGGCUACUUAGUGAAGUAAGAUCCUUGCUUUUUGUUUUUCCGCAGUAGUUGUAGUUGUUGUAAUUGCUUGUAGUAUUCAACCGUGUGGAGGUGCUUAGGGCCUCCUUUUAUAGCCUUUUCAAGGUUGACUUCGACUGUAUAUUUUGCAGCUCCAUGUUUUGUCAAUAUUUCUAUCAUUUUGUGCUGCC